AUGGAAGUGAUUGUGAGCGGAAAACUUGUUCAGCUUCUGAUUCUAUCUUGGCUGGGAGCCUUGGCAUUGGCAGAGCCACAAUGCGGUCGUCUGGAUGAGAAUUUAUUGUACACCACCAAUGAGGACACAAUUCCCUCCGAGAAUCCCUGGAUAGGCCUCCUGCUGGAGGAUGAAGGAAAUAGUUUCAAAAAGAUGGAGUGCAACGUUGUCAUUAUCAACGAGCUGCACGUCCUCACGACGGCAACCUGUGUAAAGGGCUUUAGGAACCGAUCCGGGGACACUGGAGCCGUGGCUCUGCUGGGAGUCUGGAACGAGGAGCACUCACCCGACGAGGAGCUUGUGUGCAACGAUAACGGUUUCUGUGUACCGGGUCCUGAGGCCUACAAAGUAGUCGAUAUCAAGGUGCAUCCGCAGAGGGACCGAGACACGGGGGACAACGACUUGGCCGUUUUGCGGCUGGCGAAGCCAAUUGAGUGGACCUUCUGGAUCCAGCCGAUCUGCAUGGAGGGCAGCUCGGAGCCGGAGACGCUGACCAACCGAAAUCUGCACUACUCCGGCUUCAAUGGCGGCGGCUACAACCGGGGCAAGGGUCUGGCCAUGACGGUGUCCACGCGGAAGUGCAAGCAACUGACCUCCUCCACGGUGUUCUUUCCGGCCAACCAGAUGUGCGGCUAUCCCGUCACCCGCACCAAGUUCUAUCCGGGUGCUCCGCUAAUGGACAUCGAUGUGCGGAAGGAAAAGCCCCAUAGCUUCUACCUGGUGGCCAUUCUGGUGCGGAAUGUGGAUACCGAUGCCACCACCCAGGUCUAUCAAAACGUUCGACGCGCCCGCUCCUGGAUAAAGGAGAAUACGAAGUAGGAAAAUUCCCCAGUACAACUUGUUUUGUGAAUAAAUAAAAGUUAUUAAUUAAAUUCA